AUGAAUUAAUAAUAAUCUCAGAGUUCAAGUCCAAGGAGAAAUAAUUCAGAGUUCAGUAUUGAGGCACAUCAAGUAGAAUCUGAAUCAUCUUUGAAUUUAUAAAUUGCCUAUAGUUGGCUAACAGCAGUAAGAGCUAUUUUAAUUAGGCUCUUUUGAUAGUUAUAUUGUUUAAUUGUUUCUUAACAUUGUUACUUUCAUCCUUCACAUUUCAUUUAAGUUUUAGAAUUCCGAUUCUAUUUGUAAGUAUCGGACAUCUAUUGUAUUUGAUUAAAAUUUGCAUCUCUUAUAAUAAGAUGUAAAAUAAUAUAUGUAAUAUAUAGAGCUAAAAACAAUCAUCAGUGCUGCUUCGAGUUAAUUUGGGGUAUUGGAUUAAUUUCUUAUUAUGUAUGUUUGAUUAAUAAGAUCAGAGUUGCUUGAUUUAUUUUGUUGAUAACAAUGACUUUUAAAUGCAAUAUUUGGCUAUGGUUUUGGAAGUUUACACAAUAAUUUGGGUGAUGCAUUCUAUAUUGUAAUUACAUAGGAACAAAACUUAGAUAUAUUAAUUGAAAUUGGUAUCUAUGUAAAUGAAGAAAAUAGAUUGUAGUAUUGAUACGGUUUUGUUUUGUUACUUAAUUGAUGUUCAUAAAUUUGAAACUGAUAGAUUGGUUGUCUAUUAAAUGGAUAUACACAUUUUCAAUAUUUUGGUUAUUUUUAUUGAUAUCUAUUCUAUUAUAAUUAGUAUGUCUCUUGAAAUUGCCAAUGCUAAUAAAUAAAUAUUUACAUAGCAGGAUAGACUAAAAGGGAAUAUUGAUGAUUCACAUAAUUGGUAUGAUUUGGGCCAAUUUGUUUUUAUUUAGUUUUUGUGGUGUUCCUGUAUAUGCAUUAUUGAAGAUGAGUUUGAGUUUGGAAUAAAAUAUAGAAUAUAACUACAUUUUGGCAAUAAUUUGUAAUGUGUUUUAGACUUUAAUAUUUAUGGUAUACACGAUAUAUCAUAAAGAUAUAUUAUCAGCAUUUAUGAUAGGUGUAUUACACAUAUAAAGUUAAGAAUAAAUAGAAAGAGAACCUGAGAUAAUAAAUUUUCCAAGUUGUAGAAAUAAUAAGAAAUUUGUCUAUAAUUUUAGAGAUAACAUUUUGAAUGAUUUUCCAAAAUAACUCAUAAAGAUCUCGAGUACUUAUUAUCUUCCUGAAGAAUAAAGAAAUCAAACAGAGAUAAAUUCAGCUGGUUUUAAUAAUAAAUCUCCAACUUUAACAGAAAUAGCUUAACAUGAUGGAAUGAUGAAAUAGUGUUUUAAUUGUUUUCAUUAACAAAGUUGUACAGUAUACAUUCCAUGUGGUCAUGGAGGUGUAUGUUAAAAAUGUGCAUUAGAUUGGAAUUAGGAAAGAAAAGAAUGUUUGAUAUGUAGAAGUGUAAGAUUAAUUAUUAUCUUUAGCAUACAUAAGCUAUAUUAAAAGUUGUUUACGCAAAUGAUCAGAGAGUAAAAGUUGUCGAUAUAAUUGCAUUAAAUUGAUUUGUUUCUCAAUAAUUAAUU